AUGCGGGGCUUCCGCAUCUCGUACGACCGCUGGCUGCGCGACUCGCCGCUGCUGACCAAGGGCGUGACGUCGGCCGUCCUCUUCGGCAUCGGAGACCGCGUGGCCCAGCGCAUCGAGCGGUCGGAAAGUGCCACCGACAAUGCCGACACCGACACCGUCGACCGUCAUGGCCUGCACCGAACGGCGCGGAUGAUGCUGUGGGGCGGCGUCCUGUUCGCCCCCGUGGGCCACGCCUGGUACAACUUCCUGGAGCGCGCGGUGCGGGGCAAGGGCGCCGCUUCCAUCGUCAAGAAGAUCGCCGCGGACCAGCUCAUCUUCUCGCCGCCGCUGUCGCUCGCGUUCUUUACGUACGCCGGCUGCUCCGAGGGCAAACCGCUGCGUGACACAAUGGAAACGGCAUUGGCCAAGCUGCCGCCGACGCUGGCCGUGAACUGGACGGUGUGGCCGCUGGUCCACGUGGGCACUUUCGGCUUCGUGCCGCUGCAGUACCGCAUUUUGUUCAUUAACGUGGUGAACAUCGGGUGGUCGGCCUUCCUCUCGCGGAUGGCCAGCAACGACGACGGACAAGUGUCGAGUGCCGCGAAGCUCAAGGAAUUCUUCCUCGUACGGCGCGUGGAGGACUCGGAGGAAGCCGCCACUGCAUGA